AUGAGACCUCCGGCUCUCACUCGCGCCCUAACCGGACACAUGGGGUCUUCGCUCUUUAUUCUCAUGUUGACGGCUUUCUGUCUCUUCGCAACGGUGGCCAAUGCGCUGGCGCAUGGUCCGCAGCGACCCCUUGCUGCCCCUGAUGCUCUGCUAUCAGAUUCUGCCAGGGCCUUGGGAGACUUAUCGUUGGUUCCGACCGUUUCCAAGGAGAGCGAUGGAGCAAAGCCAAUGAAGGCGUCGCGUGCGACGCAGACGCUGGAGGACUUGUUGGACGCCAUCAAUGUGAUGCAAAAGGAGUACUUUGUCUUAUGGCAGGGGACUUGGCCGUCCAGCAUUGAUUGGACUGCGGCCGUGCUGGGAACGCAUGUCGCUGCGACCUUGUCAACUUUGUCAUCGACUGCAUACAAGAUCCACUCAGACGGCGUGCAGGGGCUUUCCUUUCUAGCGCUCGAGAACACCAUCAAUUACUUUUUCAGCCAAACAAGCGCUUUCUACUUUGGUGAAAAUGCUUUCAGUUUGCGCAAUCAGGCCUACGACGACAUGCUCUGGGUAGUUCUCGAUUGGCUGGAGAAUGUCAAGUUUCAAGACUUGCACUCUAGCCUUUACUACUCCGACUCGAAUGGUGCCCGGGCAAAUAGCUCAUCGCAAGCUUGGUACGGUACGCAAUUCCGCGAUGCGGCUGCGCAUCGAGCGCGCAUCUUCUACGAGCUUGCCUCGGUUGGCUGGGACCAGACCCUCUGCGAUGGGGGCAUGAUAUGGAAUCCCACCCUGAUUCCCUACAAGAAUGCUAUCACAAAUGAACUUUUCACCUCUGCCAGCAUUGCAAUGUAUCUAUAUUUCCCGGGGGAUCCAAUUGAUUCGCCGUUCAUCGUAGCGGCACCCAGCAAGAAGCCUGAUCAGCGUCGUCGUCACGAUCCGGCUUAUUUGAAGGCCGCCAUCGACGCUUAUACCUGGCUGAAGAACUCGAACAUGACUGGCGUCGGUGGCCUAUAUGCUGACGGCUUCCAUAUCAGCGGCUGGCGCAGUGCCACUCAGCCUGGGUCACGCAGAUGCGAUGAGCUCAACACAAUGGUGUACAGCUAUAAUCAAGGGGUGAUCCUCAGCGCACUCCGGGGCCUGUGGCUUGCCACGGGUGAGUUGCAGUAUCUACGUGACGGCCACGAUCUUGUACGCAAAACGCUACGUGCCACCGGUUGGCCUCAUCUGUCAUCAGACAAAUGGGCCGGACUGGGCCGGGGUGGCGUGAUGGAAGAUACUUGUGACUCGCACGCCAGCUGUUCUCAGGAUGGACAGACUUUCAAGGGCAUCUUCUUCCAUCACUUGGCCGAGUUCUGCCGGCCGCUACGGCCCCAGGAGGCGAAGUUUCUAGAGGAUCAAACCGAUGAGUCUGCUCGGGCUCAACGGCGAGAGGACGUGUUUACGCAACAUCUGGGGAUUUGCCGUGCCUAUGGGCCAUGGGUCGAGCACAAUGCGAGAGCAGCGUUGCAGACGCGCGACGCUGAUGGCAAGUUCGGUCAGUGGUGGGGUCUGCCAUUCGAACAGAGGCAUGUCUCGAACGAUAUGGUCAACAGUAGCACUCUACCAUCAGGAGCGGAUGAUUAUCGCAAUCGCAAGUCGGACACGGCGGUGACGCCCUUACAUUUUAGGCCACGCGACUUCAAUGAUAAAGGUCGUGGUCGUACCGUCGAGACGCAAGCUGGUGGCUUAGCUGUCCUCAGAGCGCUACUGCAGUGGCAAACCAGUGAAGCCCUGUCAUGA